AAAACAUUGAAUAUUAAAUAAAAUGUUUUUUAUAAUAUUUCUCUCGGCGUUCAUCAUUCAGUCGACGGUAUGUCACAACUCGGACUCAAGUGCCCUAUUAGACGAGCCCCCGUCCCGGUCGAGCGCCUAUAGGUUUUUCUUUAAAACCCUUCCCAACGAUAAGGACGGCUAUUUGAAUUGCGGCGGAUUUGACACCCAAUGGGGAGUAAACGGCGGCAAAUGCGGUGUAUGUGGCGACCCAUACAACGGCGCGCGCGAUAACGAACUGCCAUACGGUAAAUACACUAAAGACCUGACGGUAACCCGGACCUACAAAUCGGGCUCCACUAUCUACGCCAAAGUGCACAUGAUCAAAAACAAUGGGGGUCACUUUGAGUUCCGCCUGUGUCCGGCCACAGCCCUAUUAAACAACGAGACCAUACGUCAGGAGCCGCACGACUGGGUCCAGGAGGUGACCGACCAGUGUCUGGACAGUCACCGGCUGGAAGUGUUGGGCUCCACAGACGGUAACCGGUGGUGUUGGCCAAUACCCGAUCGCCAACAACAGGGUGUUAUCUAUCAGAUUAAGGUUAAAUUGCCGCAGGGUUUGCGCUGCGAACGAUGCGUUUUCCAGUGGACGUGGGUUACCGCCGAUAACUACGGGUGGUGUUCGGACGGCACCUGGAAGUUGGGCUGCGGACCGCAGACUACUCAUAAGGCAUGCGCUGAUGUGCAGAUAAUUUAG